AUGGCUCGUCAAUCGCGGCGCCUGUACUGCGGCAACAUUCCAUUUGGCAUCAGUGAGCACGUGCUUGUCGAAUUUUUCAACACCACCAUGACCCAGCUCAACAUGACAACGUCUUCGGGUAACCCAGUGAUUGCUGCCCAAAUCAACCACGACAAGAACUAUGCCUUUGUCGAGUUCCGCUCUCCCGAAGAGGCCACUGCAGCCAUGUCUUUCGAUGGCAUCACCUUCUCGGGCCAGUCGCUCAAGAUUCGCCGCCCGAAGGACUACCAGCCUCCCCCAGGAACUUCCGAAAACGGCCUCCCCAUGCAUUUGCCAGGCAUCGUGUCGACCAACGUACCCGACAGCGCCGACAAGAUCUUCAUUGGCGGACUGCCCAUCUACCUCAACGACGAGCAGGUGAUGGAGCUAUUGAAGUCGUUUGGCGAGCUCCGAGCCUUCAAUCUCGUCAAGGACAACGCAACCAGCAUGUCCAAGGGUUUUGCGUUUUGCGAGUAUGCCGAUCCGACCAUCACCGAUAUCGCCUGUCAGGGAUUGAACGGCAUGGAGCUGGACGACAAGAAGCUUGUUGUCCAGCGCGCCAGUGUCGGGUCGAGCAAGGGCGCCGGCGGCGGCCCCGGCAUGGGGUCGCUGGGCGGAUCGUUCGCCUCGUCGCUACUCCCAUCAAGCCUUCUGCUCAGCAGCGGCGGUCAGGUUGACCCCACCAACGUCGUGGCGCUGAUGAACAUGGUGACGGAGGAGGAGCUCCGCGAUAACAAUGAAUACGAAGAUAUCAUUGACGACAUCCGUGGCGAGUGCUCAAAGUUUGGCGUUAUCAGCUCGAUCAAGAUUCCCAGACCAGUCCAAGGCCAGGUAUUCAUCCACUAUGUGACGAAAGAAAUGGCCGCAGUUGCGGUGAGCGCCCUGGCAGGCCGGCGAUUUGCGGAUCGCACUGUUGUGGCGGGCUAUUACUCGGAGAGUCUGUAUAUCGAGGGCAAUUUGGGAAUGUAA